AUGAGAGGAGAAAAAAAAAAGUCAUCUACUGCUACUCAUUUGUCCACUCCUAGGCUUACUAGACCUACUACUCAUUCGUCUACUUUUGUUAGUUCAUCCACUGCUACUCAUUUGCCCACUUCUAGGCUUACUAGACCUACUACUCAUUCGUCUACUUUUGCUAGUUCAUCCACUGCUACUUUGCCUACCAAGACUACACUUCUCUGUCUUGUCCACGGCGAACCCAUAUAUUGUUAUUUCUCAGUCACGGUACAAAAUAAUGAGACCGUUGAAGAUCUUAAGAGAUUAAUUCUGAAAUACGAACGCUUCGAUGGAAUGCCUGGAAGUAAAGCAUGGCAACUUAAACUAUGGAUCGUUAAUAUCCCUUUCGACUCGCAAGACCUCGGUAAAUCUGACGUAGACAUUAUGAAUACGCUAAACGGUCAGAGGUUUCUUCCUCCAAACAAAGUUGGAGAUGUGUUUAACAUGCAAACUAUCGAAGAUCGAAUACAAGUUAUUAUCGAAUUGCCUGCUUCUAUGGAGGAACAUACCAAUAUAGUUGAAUUAACGAGACAAGCAUUUGAAGCACUCACGACACAAAACCAAAUGUUCACUGAAGUUGUUAGACAAUUCACUAAAGUUGUUGAAAGGCAAACGAAAAAACCUACUGUAUCUCUUUCAACGAUGAAGCAGACGGAAUUGGAUGAACUGCUCGAUAAAUUCCAUCUUCCUAUAAUUACAGUCGAUAUCGAUGAUUAUGAUGUGGAUUUAACGAGAAACGAGAACACAGAACCAUUCACCUGGGACGCACGAAAUGAAAAUCAACAAGCAGAUGACAGUAAUGAAGAUGAUGUUAUCAAGGAAGGAUACAUUAAUUAUUUAAAGAGAAACAUCCGAGUUCCCUAUGGAAGUGAUUUUUAUGACACUAAAUCCAAAAAGUCACUUUUGUCAUUAAAAUAUGACGUGCUUCCUUUCGAAAUAAGUGGGACGACAGAUGUGGUGAUUGCAAAUAAAAGAAAUGCCGUUGGUCGUAAUUUGGCUCGUGGAAUUCAGGUUGGAUUUAAAUUAAAGAAGGCGAUCCAAGAUUCUCACAUUCCUCAAGCCAUUGGACAGCUCUUCACGGCAAAUAUUCGCUCAAACGAAAAUGUAUUCAUCGUUCUUACCGAUUUGAACGACGAAUGGAUUUUUUUCUGGCUAGAAAAUCGGGAAAAUAGUUUAAAGAUUAAGCAUUUUCGAGUCGAUCUACGUGUUGCGAUCUCCGUUAUUGAGCAUGCACUUCAAUGCACUGCUGGUUUCCCACUUGUUUUACGAAUAAACUUCCAUGAUUUCCGGGAACAUGUGCGUGUAGGCGGUGUAGGUAAUGUAGCAUCUGAGGGAUCUGAGGGCGAGAAUGAUGGGCUGGAGUUGUUUCUUAAUAGACCUAAGGUUGACCUUGAGUUUGAGGAUGAUGUCGCAAAUAUGAAGGAUGUGUAUGAUGUGAUGACUGAAGAAGAGAUAUGUAAUUGGAAGAUAAAACGAGCACUAAGGCUUUUGUGA